UUUUUCAAAAAAUCGAUUUUUUUUUUAUUUUAUUUUCUGAUUCUACAUAUAUUCAAGAAUACACACAAGAAAUUUCAAAUCGAUCCGGCAAAUAUUUUCGAAGUUACACGCAUAUUUGUAACGACGUCUCGGAGCGCUUGGGAGUAUAAGGCCGGAGCGGCAUCGACUACCUGAGCGCUGUCCCUUUCAUGCAUCUGUCUAUUGUAAGCAUUCCCCUUCUAAAGUGUUUAGAUGUGUAAAUCAACAGUGUGAUUAUUUUAUUUUAUACCUGAAAAGUGAGUUUAUAUUUUUUCGACCCUAAAGUGGAACAUAUUUAAGAGUGGUAGUCAGUAUACGGAGCCAAGCCAAGCUGUAAACUUGUGAGAUCGUUUAUUUUUUUGUGUGUAAUUUCCAGUGAAAAUGAAGUCUUCCCGAAUAAUGAGAAAAUCUCAUAAUGUACGUAAGUCGAGAGUAAAAAAACGUAAAAAUGUUUUCAACCCAAAAACAGCUGAAACAGAUGAAAGGAGUUUCAGUGCCUCGGCGAAAAAAUUUAAAGAGCAAGAGGAAAUCUCCGUCACACGUGAUCCGUCUGUUGAGUAUCGCAUACUAAACUUCAUUACUGUUUUUGCAGCAAUUGCUGAAUAUGUAAAGUGUAAAGUCUGUGACGGAGAUGUCAAGUUUCAAACAACUUCUGAACGAGGACUUGGUUUUCAAAUAGUUGUGCUGUGUGAUAAGUGUGCCGACCGUAGCGUAAAUUCUAGUCCGUUCGUCACGCAUUCUUAUGAAAUAAAUCGACGAUUUUUAUUUGUCAUGAGAGUUCUCGGAUUAGGAUUGAAAGGUGCAGCAAAAUUUUGUGGAUUAAUGGACAUGCGAGCUUUUAUAUCACAGCCAACUUAUGAUUUGAUAAUAAAUAACAUUCACUCCAGUGUAAAAAUAGCCACUGAAAAACUUUUUGCACAGGCUUGUACCGAAGAGAAAAAUUUGACUUCCGAUAAUCAAGGUAACGAACAUUCAACAGAAUUAACUGUAUCUGGUGAUGGCACAUGGAAAAAGCGAGGGUAUACUUCCUUGUACGGUGUGACCUCUUUGAUUGGAUAUUAUUCAGGUAAAAUAAUAGAUAUAGUUGUUAAAAGUGCCUACUGUAAACUGUGUGAAACUUGGAAGAAGAAACUUGAUACAGAAGAGUAUAAUGAAUGGUACGAAGAACAUAAAAAUACUUGCACUGCAAAUCAUGCUGGUUCCUCAGGGAAAAUGGAAGUUGAUUCAGUCGUUGAAAUGUUCAAACGUUCAUUGGAAAAACUCGGAGUCAUCUAUAAAAAUUAUAUCGGAGACGGUGAUUCCAAAACGUACUCGGGAAUUUUAAAAGUUAAACCUUAUGGUGAUGAGGAAGUUGUAAAGAAAGAAUGUAUUGGACAUGUACAGAAACGAAUGGGUACGAGACUUCGAGAUUGUGUAAAAAAAAUGUUGAGACUGUUGAGAAUGCGAAAGGAAAAAAAAUACAAAAGAAAACUCUCGGUGGAAAAGGAAAACUCACUGGAAAGAUGAUCGAUAAGUUAACAGUUUACUAUGGCUUAGCAAUACGUAGAAAUUGUGAUUCCAUUGAGAAAAUGUAUAAUGCUAUCUGGGCCACAUAUUAUCACUAUUGUUCAUCUGACCAAAAACCUCAGCACGACAACUGUCCGAGUGGACCAGACUCAUGGUGCAGCUGGCAGAGGGCUGCUGCUGCCAAUGAAGUAUCUACUUUCGAACAUGAUUAUGAGCCACUACCUGAUGAUGUUGCUGAAGCUAUACGUCCGAUUUUUAUAGACCUCAGCAAUAAAAGUUUAUUGGAAAGAUGUGUCGGUGGUUUUAACCAAAACAACAACGAGAGUUAUAAUCAACUGAUUUGGAAAAUCUCUCCCAAAAUUGUUCCGGCAGGCUCGAAAACUGUAGAAACCGCUGCAUACAUAGCUGCUGGCGUCUUUAAUGAAGGAAUGGCUUCAUUAUUAUAUUAUAUGAAUGCAAUAGGAAUUACACUUGGACCCAACGCACAUUUAUAUGCCGAAAAAGAAGAUGAGCAGCGCGUGAACAUCUCCGACCGCAGAGCGCGCGAUAGCACCCGAGAUGGAAGAAUGGCUCGCAGACAACAUCAGCUCGAGUUAUUGGAAGCUAAUGAAUCAGCAGAAGGUCUCUUAUAUGGGCCUGGAAUAGAUGACACCAUAUGAUCCAGUUCAGAGAUAGAGUGGUCACCGCAAGACGUCUUUUUUUAGAGGACCUCCUGGAGAUCGGCUGUAGCUCUUCUCCAGAGAAAUAUUUUUACUAAUAAUAAGCACUAAAAUGUUGUUGAAUAAUACCAUAAUAAGUAUGUAAACUUUUGGAAUCAAUAAAUUUUAACGGCUUCUCAAAAAAAAUUCCUAAAAAUUCGCUUUUUUUCGACCCAUUAACUGUAUAUAACCC